AAACGGCAUGUGAGCCUGAAGACAUUUACCCCUCCUGUUUAAUGACCCUCACCUAUUCAACAACCAUUUGCUCACCCUACACUUUGACACACUUUCGGUGUCAUUCUUGUCAUUUUACAUUUCUAGGUAUCUGUGUGUAAAAGAGGUUUCCUAAAAUGUGCCGGUGUCUGUGAGCCUCGUAUCCUGUCCCACUCUCACUGCCAGCUUAGCUCAGCAUCCAUAUUUUUCGCAUCCGUGUGGGAGCGAGCGAGAGAGAGAGAGAGAGCAAAGGGAGUGGCAGACGCUGACAAAUCUCAUGCCGGGGAGCCGACUGAGCCAUCCCUACACAGACUGUCUGAAGUUCGCCGGAGCCGACUUCUUGACAAUUCACAGGAUUUGGACUUCAUAAGUCCCGCAGGUAGAAUGGAGACGGAUAUCCGCCAUCCUCACAUCUAGUGCCUCGAGAAAAACCCUUAAUAAGCUGCAAAACUUGAAGUUUCUCCAGUGGACAUAAUGAACAUGCUGAAGUCCAGUGGCUUGAAGAUCCCUGGCAGGGGUCCUAAACACUCCAGUCCAGUGGGACGAACAACUGCUGGCCCAUCAACCAGUCCUGCGGCUCAAAAAGACAGCUGCUCUUACAAGCAGACGACUCCCACCCCCAGCAGCAAUGCCUCAGACAAGUCCAGCUCCAAAGCCUCUGAGGUGGGUGAUGAGGUGGCUGGGGACUUUGUGGUUGGUGAACGUGUCUGGGUGAACGGAGUCAAACCAGGAAUCAUUGCCUAUCUUGGAGAGACCCAGUUUUCCCCAGGACAGUGGGCUGGAGUGGUACUGAAUGACCUGGUUGGAAAAAAUGAUGGCUCUGUCAAUGGAGUGCGUUACUUCGAGUGCCAGCCUUUGCAGGGCAUCUUCACCAGGCCUUCCAAGCUCACGCGACAACCCAUUGGAGACGGGAACGAUGAGCAGCAGCAGAACGCACAGCUGCAGGGUGGUGCGGGAGCAUCUGGUCAGCGUGUGGUCAUGCCACUCAGAGAAGGCAUGCUCAACAGCUCCGUCAAAACCGGCAAUGAGUCAGGAUCCAACAUGUCUGACAGUGGAUCUGUGAAGAAAGGGGGAGAGAAGGACCUUAAGGUCGGAGAUCGAGUGCUGGUUGGCGGCACUAAAACAGGAGUAGUGCGUUAUGUGGGAGAGACUGACUUUGCCAAGGGCGAGUGGUGUGGAGUUGAGCUGGAUGAGCCAUUAGGGAAAAACGAUGGAGCUGUGGCUGGAACCAGAUAUUUCCAGUGCCCUCAUAAAUUUGGCCUCUUUGCUCCAAUCCACAAGGUGAUCCGCAUUGGCUUCCCAUCCACCAGUCCAGCUAAAGCUAAGAAGAGCAAGCGUAUGGCGAUGGGUGUGUCGUCUCUGGCUCACAGCCCAUCCAGCUCCUCCAUCAGCUCUGUCAGCUCUGUGGCCUCCAGUGUGGGGGGGAGACCCAGUCGCACUGGCCUGUUGACAGAGACGUCCUCGAGGUACGCGCGGAAGAUCUCGGGGACCACGGCUCUGCAGGAAGCCCUGAAGGAGAAACAGCAGCACAUAGAGCAGCUCCUGGCUGAGAGAGACCUGGAGCGGGCUGAGGUCGCCAAAGCAACCAGCCGUAUCUGCGAGGUGGAAAAAGAGCUGACGGCAAUGAAUGCCCGACAUCUGCAGUAUGCAACAGAGGCAGAGAGCAACCUACAGCAAGUCCGAGCCCUGCUGGCAAGCACACAGAAAGACAAGAUGGAACUGGCCAAUCAGCUUGAGGAAGAGAGAAGGAAAGUGGAAGAUCUUCAGUUCAGAGUUGAGGAAGAGUCCAUUACCAAAGGAGACCUGGAGACCCAGACCAAACUGGAGCAUGCCCGUAUUCGGCAGCUCGAGCAGUAUCUGCAUUUGGAAAAGUCCAAAGCAGAGCGGCUUCAGAAAGAGUUAGAGGAAAAGAUGGUCAGAGGCAGGCUCCAGCCAACACCCAUGAGGCUGGGCAAGAGUGUCAAGCAAACUACAGUUGAGGAGAAGAGUCGUGUUAUGCAGCUGGAAGAAGAAUUGGCAUUGCGCAAGGUUGAGGUCGAGCAGCUCCAGGCUCGGUUUCAGAGAGGUUCCUUCGGUCCAGUCACAGGCGCUGGAGACAGCAGACCAGGCAUAAACUCGGAGACUCUGGUUUUGCGGGAGCAGCUUCUCUCAGCAGGCCGUGAACGCCGUGAAGAGAGCAGCCUGUUGCGAGAGAGGUAUGAAGCAUCCUUGAGCAGCAGCCAGAAAGAAGUUGAACACCUUAAAGCCACAAAAGAACGUCAGGGCCAAGAGAUCUCCGACCUGAAGCAGAGACUUCAGCAGGCCACCCGUGAAAACAUGGAGAUGAUGGACAGCUGGAAAGUCAAACUUGACGCUUUGUUUGGAGACCAUCACCGUGCUCUAGAGGAACUGAAAGCCUCGCUAACAGGAGAUCGCGGGUCCAGUGAGAACAGCGGAGGAGAGGGUGAAGGAACCACACCUGAGAUGAGAGCAGCUCUGGAGAGCUUAAAGAUGGAGCAGCAACUGGAGUUAGAGAACCUGAAAGCCAAACAUGAGAUCGAUGCUGCCGUAAUGGCCAAAGAGCGCGAAGAUCUACGCGCUCGACUUCAGGAAUUACGGGAUCAGCUAGAGGAGAAUGAGGAGAACUGGAAGAUCCAGGUGGAAGUCAAGUGUAACCAGCAUACUCUGGAGCUCAAAGAGGUUUUAGAGAAGCUUCAGAAGGCUGAGUUGAGGAUCAGCGAGUUGGACAAGUCCCAUGAAGAGCAUGAGAAGGCCACUCAGUUUCUCAAAGAGCAGCUGGAGCUGGCUGAGAAGAAGAUGGUAGAUUAUGAGGCUCUGCAGAAGGCUGAAGCUCAGAGCCGAGCAGAGAUCCUCUCACUGCAAGAGAAGCUGAGAGUCAGUGAGAACCGACUGCAAGCUGUAGAGGCUGAUCACACCACCCAGGAUGUUAAUAUGAUCGAAAAUAAUGACAACUCUGAAGAGAAGAUGAAACUAAAACAGAAUAUGGAAGAAACUCUGGAGAAACUCACAAAAAGGGAAAAAGAAGUAUCCACUCUAACAACCCAAGUAGAUGCUCUGAAGACCCAAAUAACUGCCUUGGAGGAAAAGGUUUGUUUGGGAGAGAAGGUGGCAGAUGGACUCGUUAAGGAAAAGACGCGCUUGGAGGCGGAGCUGGAGUCCAUGACCAAGAAAUCCCAUGAUGCAUCAGGCCAGCUUGUGAUUAUUAGCCAGGAGCUUCUGAAGAAAGAGAGGAGCCUGAAUGAGCUUCGGGUGUUACUGCUGGAAUCUCCACAUCACUCUGCGGGAGUGGAGCGGGACCUCGGCCGUGAAGUCCACAGAGCCGAGUGGAGGGUGAAGGAACAGAAACUACAGGACGACAUCAAAACUCUGCGAGAGAAACUUUUGCUGCUGGGUCAGGAGAGGUCAUCUACAGACCACCGUCGGUACUCGAUGAUGGACCCAUCUGCUUCAGACACAGAGGUGGCCCGUCUGCGUCAAAGGCUGCUGAGCACAGAAGAUGCCCUGAGGAACGCUCUGGAACACAACCAACACGUGGACCAGCUGGUGCAGGCCAUGUGCACCCGACCGGACAAGAACCAGGCACAUGCUAGUGCAAAUUCUGCUAAUGGAAUCCAUCAAGAAGACACUUCCUUCACAAAAGAGGAAAAACACUGAUGAGGGCCAAAACGGUUCUCAGGUGUUUAGGGAGGGAAGAGUGGAGGUGCAUUGGGAAAGAAGAUGCCUAGACCUUUGGACUAAUGCUUCACUGGACAUCUUAUUUUCUGUUCACGGUUAACACCAAAACUAUGACUUUAUAGAUGAACAAACAGAGACCACAAAUGGAAGAUUAUCUCAAAUGAUCCGAAAAUGCUAUAAAAAGACAUAACGGAAGUGGUUUUUAAGGUCAGUGGUACAACACGGACAAACCGACCCUGUAGACUACCU